AUGGCGUACUGCACGCUGGGCGUGAUCGGGUUUGCGGUGCAGCGGCUGGUGUUCGGAACGCUGCGCGUCUCGGAGGCGCAGCGCGUCAAGGACAAGUUCUGGAACUACGUGUUCUACAAGUUCAUAUUCGUGUUCGGCGUGGUGAACGUGCAGUACAUGGACGAGGUGCUGCUGUGGUGCUCCUGGUUCACGCUGCUCGGCUGCCUGCACCUGCUCGCGCAGCUGUGCAAGGACCGGUUCGAAUACCUGUCGUCAUCGCCGCAGUCGGCUCGCUGGGCGCACGCGCGGCUGCUGGUGCUGCUACUGGGCAUCCUGUGCGCCGCCGUCGCGCUGCUGGUGGCCGCCGCGCGCUGGGGUCUGCCCGCCGGAUGGGACACCUUCGCCUUCAUGGCCGCCGAGUGCGCGUUGGUGUGCGUAUCGGCGCUGCACGUGGUGGCGCGCUCUGUGCUACGCGCGCACGAUGCUGACGCCGCGGGGCCCGCCGCCUACUACACGCACCUCGUCUUCGAUUCGGUGGCGCUAGUGACGGAGCUAGCGCACGUGGCGCAUAUGGUGGUGCACAGCAACGCGCUGGUGUCCAUGGCGUCGCUGGUGCUGCUCAUGCAGCUGCGGCACCUGCUGCACGCGCUGCUGGCGCGCCUGCGCCGCCACCGCCUCUACACCGCGCUCGCAGACCACAUGAGCCGCAACUAUCCUAUGGCGAGUAAAGAAGAGAUGGAGGAAAAUGAGGACAACUGUGCCAUCUGCUGGGAGCCUAUGAAGGAGGCUCGCAAGCUGCCCUGCUCACAUCUCUUCCACAACUCGUGCCUGUGCCGCUGGGUGCAGCAGGAUGCGUCGUGCCCCACGUGCCGGCGCGCGCUGUCGGCCGCCGCGCCGCCGCCUGCCACGUUGCCACCGCUGCCGCCGCUCGCCCCGCUGCCACCGCUGCCGCCGCUGCCCGCCGACAACGCCGACAACACGCCACAACCCAACCACUUCUUCCACUUUGACGGGUCGCGCUACGUGUCGUGGCUGCCCAGCUUCUCGGUGGAGGUGACGCGUGUGCGCGCGCCCCUCGUACCGCCUGACGCCUCGCAGCUCGACGCCAUGGCGCGGCAGGUAAACCACACGCUACACACGUGCACACGAUGCACACACUACACGCGCCGCCGGCGCCUCGCAGCUUGA